ACAGCAGCGGCGGUGGCGGAGAGUCGGUGUGCUGCAGUCCGGCGGGGAGCUCGGUACUGAGGGGUCGGUACGGCAGCAGCGCAGCUCCUCAGCGAACCUCUCCUCCCGCAGUCGGGCGCGAACCCGCGGCGUGUGUCGGUAGUCGGUGCUGGGCGGAGCGGGACCGGGAGCGGAGAGCUGUAGCGCGGAUAUUUCCCACAGAGCGAGCGGCAGCAGCCCGGAGCGGAGAAAUGGCAACGACUACCUGCACCCGCUUCACCGACGAGUACCAGCUUUACGAGGAGCUCGGGAAGGGAGCUUUUUCAGUGGUGCGACGUUGUGUCAAGCUGUGCACAGGCCAGGAAUAUGCUGCCAAAAUAAUCAACACCAAAAAGCUCUCAGCGAGAGAUCACCAGAAGCUUGAACGAGAAGCCCGUAUUUGUCGUCUCCUCAAGCACCCCAACAUUGUUCGGCUGCACGACAGUAUAUCAGAGGAAGGCUUCCACUACCUCCUGUUUGACUUGGUCACUGGUGGGGAAUUGUUUGAAGACAUCGUAGCCAGAGAGUAUUACAGUGAAGCUGACGCCAGUCACUGCAUCCAUCAGAUACUAGACAGUGUCAGUCACAUUCACCAACAUGACAUAGUGCACAGGGACCUGAAGCCGGAGAACCUGCUCCUCGCCAGCAAAUGUAAGAACGCGGCGGUGAAGUUGGCCGACUUUGGCCUGGCCAUAGAGGUGCAGGGGGACCAGCAGGCCUGGUUUGGAUUCGCCGGAACACCAGGGUACCUGUCUCCUGAGGUGCUGAGAAAAGAGGCUUAUGGGAAACCUGUGGACAUUUGGGCUUGUGGUGUUAUACUCUACAUCCUGCUGGUGGGUUACCCUCCUUUCUGGGAUGAGGACCAGCACAAACUCUACCAGCAGAUUAAAGCCGGAGCUUACGACUUUCCUUCUCCAGAGUGGGACACAGUCACCCCUGAAGCCAAGAACCUCAUUAACCAGAUGCUCACCAUCAACCCAGCCAAAAGGAUCACUGCACAGGAAGCUCUUAAACACCCAUGGGUCUGCCAACGCUCCACUGUGGCCUCCAUGAUGCACAGACAAGAGACAGUAGAGUGCCUGAAGAAGUUCAACGCCAGGAGGAAACUCAAGGGGGCCAUUCUGACCACCAUGCUGGUGUCUAGGAACUUCUCUGUGGGCCGGCAGACCACAGCUCCGGCCACAGUCUCAGCGGCUGCGGCAGCUGCUGCAGCUGCCGCCGGCACUACCGCCGGCCUAGUGGAACAAGCAGCCAAGAGCCUGCUCAACAAGAAGGCCGACGUCAAGAAACGGAAAUCCAGCUCCACUGUUCAGUACAUGCCCCAGACAAACAGCACGAAAAACAGCAUAGUCACCAGUCCCAAGGGAAACAUCCCCUCUCCUGCUCUGGAGCCUCAGACCACUGUUAUCCAUAACCCAGUGGAUGGGAUCAAGGAAUCCUCGGACAGCAGCAACACCACAAUCGAGGAUGAGGAUGUUAAAGGAAAAAGCCUAGAUAGCAGCUCGCUUAAGGCCGGUCUCAGCUCAGAUCACGGCCCGUCUCCUCCCGGCUCGUCUCCGGCCGUCUUCUCCUCCAAGCUAACGGACCUCCUGGGCUGUGUGCGCAAGGCCCCCGGACCCACUGCCCCGCCCAGCACUGAAGGAGGAGCCCCACCUGUUCCCUCCCCUCCACACACACCUGGCAUGCAGACUCGACUGAGCAGUCUGGUGAGCAGCGUGGGCCGUGUCUCCGUCCCCUCGCAGCCGGAGACAGUACCUGUCCCCACUCCCCAAUCUUCCUCCCCUCCGCCCCUGCCCCGCUCCAGCCCCUCCCUGUCCGUUCAGACCCGCAAACAAGAGAUCAUCAAGAUCACGGAGCAGCUCAUCGAGGCUGUGAACAAUGGAGACUUCGAGGCCUACGCGAAGAUCUGCGAUCCUGGGCUAACUUCCUUUGAACCCGAGGCGUUGGGUAACCUGGUGGAGGGGAUGGACUUCCACCGGUUCUACUUUGAGAACUUGCUGUCUAAGAACAGUAAGCCCAUCCACACCACCAUCCUGAACCCACAUGUGCACCUGAUCGGCGAGGACGCCGCCUGCAUCGCCUACAUCCGCCUCACGCAGUUCGUGGACAGCCAGGGCCGGCCGCGCAGCAGCCAAUCAGAGGAGACGCGCGUGUGGCACCGCCGCGACUCUAAAUGGCAGAAUGUGCACUUCCACUGCUCAGGCGCUCCCUCCGCCCCACUCCAGUGAAGAGUGGGACUGCGGCAGGACGUCAUUUAGACAAGAGUGAUCUUGCAGGAGGAGAAGGAGAGGGAGGACGAGUGGGACGGCAGGAAGGAGUCCAGCGCCGGAGAGCUCAGGAUCUUCCAGCUCCGCCCACAGCCGUCUACACCUGCAUGCACACCUACACCUGUCUCUACCUACUGGGCUGCUCUCCACUACCACACCCCUCCCCACCACCCGCCACCGCUACCAGACUCUCCGAGAUUCACCCUGGCACAGGCCAAACACCAACGCCGGGCACCACGCCAACCACACCGGGCACCACGCCAACCACACCAACCACGUAUUACAUCUUACAACUGUGUCUAUGCCAAGAUUCACCCAGUGAUGGAUUGAUGAUGCACCUGUACGUAUCAGUCCCACAGAGCGGGCACAGACUCUGGGUACCUGGUCCAGUGUUCUAACCUGUGCAAUGCCUUCUCUCCUCCCGCCCCCUUCUGCGGCCCCGCCCCCUCACACGCUACACUCUCGUCUCCAUUGGCCUUAUGCCCUACGUGCCCAGGCACUCCUCUAACUAUAUUAGAUCAUGUUUUAAUGAAGUAUUAUAUUGGUAUUAUUAUUAUUAUGGUUACUUCUUUUAUUAUUAUUAUUAUUAAUAUUAUUACUAUUACUAUUUGUCAUUUUAAGUAUUGCUGUUGUUCUACUGAAUCUGUAUAUUUAAUAGUAAUCAAAUUAUCGAUGCCAGUUGUACAUGGGUUUUAACGUUUUUGUUUUUUUUUUUUCGGAAGCAUGGAUUUCUAGUAUUAUUCAGUGGGGUUUUAUUUGUUAAUUUGAGUGAGAUGAAGUCUACUUCGGCAGUUUCGUGCGGGUAUAAGUGUGUGUGUAACCACUCAUUACCAUAAACACACCGUGUGAGAGAGGACGACACGGUUCAGGCGAGAGCUAAGGGUCUCGGUCUACACGUCUGAUGUCUGACGUCUGUUUACAACGUAGCAAAUUACGUGUAAUUUUUUUUAAUGUAUCAUUACGUACAAUCACGCAUCGUCCGUUGCCGCCACAAAGUGCGUUAAAUCAUCAUAUCAUUAAAUAGUUAAAUAAGUUAGAUCAGUGUUGAUCUGGUGAGGAGUCACGUAAUUUUGUGGAGUUUAUUAAUCCCAUAUAAACAGUUUAUAAGCAGAAUAAUUUAGUUUCUACUAAAACUGCCACUGAGGCAGAUGUUUAUUUGCAUUUUGAACUUAUUGCACUGAUUAUUAAAGUUAAAAGCAGUAAUUUUGAGGUAUACUGGAAUAAACUGGAAGAAAGUUUAUAGAGAGAGAAGUGUGAUGUCGGCUGUGUGUGCUGCAGGUAAAGAAAUAGUUUUGUAAAAAUAAAUGAAUAAACAAUAGUAUCAUGAUUGAUCACUUUGCCCAGAUGCUGUCAGUCAGCUCAGACAUGUUUAGUAUCUGACGUGCGCUUCUUUAAUUUAAAACACUGUUAAAUGUAACUGUAUAUGGCACAGUUGCAGAAAUAUGUUUUUUUUUAUUAUAGCUUGCAAAGCUAUAAUACAUUAAUAAUAGUUAUUAUUGUAAAAUAAUCAAAUUGGAAAUAAAAUUUCAUAACAUCUCUGUGAAUUGAAUUUCUGGGUCAUGCUGCUUUGGCAUCAGCAGCCGGAGUCCGAGACGGCACGAUUGGCAAUGCUUUUUCUCGGUGGGUACACUAGAUGGAGCUCUCUUUUUUUGCUAUUUCUUGCUUUAAACUAAAGAAGAAAACUUCAAAUACGGAGCAUUUCUAGGCUGAUCAGCAUAUUUGGGAUCCAUUAUUAAUGAUGUUAAUGAGUGGAUUUUUUCCAUUAACUAUUUCUUUAGUUGCUUAUAGAUAAAAUAGAGAGUAAAGAGAAGGAAGACUGAGUUUAUUAGUAAAUUAUUUAUUGUGCGAUAUUUUGGCACAAUGAUAAGUGCUUCUGUGGAUGGACAUUCAGGUGUAGAGUUAAAGAGAGUCUAUGUAUUUUAUAUAAAUAAUAUAUAUAUAUUUAUAUAUAAAUACAUAUUGCAUACAAUCAUCCCAAAAAAUAUUUUAACUUUAUUCAGAUUAUGCCUGUGUGAAACCAAACCAAACAGAGGGAGGAACGCUCCAAAUAAACUCAUCAUAACUCAUCAACUGCUCCGGACUGAUCACAACCACAGGUGUGAAAACAGUUUAGCAGUUUACUGACUACCCACCAUGUUUCAUUUCUGUAGUUUGAUUACUUCUGGAUGCAAAUAUUAUUUUGAUGAUUUUUGUGUUUAUAUAAAUAGAUAAAUAUUUUUGUCAUCCACAUUAAGUCAUGCACAUUCCCACCUUUUUUUGGUGUUUUGUCUGUAUGUGCAGGAUUUUUCCGUCACACAGGUCCUGAGAGAGGAGAUGUGUGUGUUUGUGACGUAGUUAAUGGGUGUGUGGCAAUGAACAGUCUUCUGUUGACAUCUUGAAUGUGAACUUGUGAUUCGUAAGUUCAUUUCCCGUAAAGGAAAAACGAAUCAGCAGCUCUUUUUCAAUCCUGAAUAGGUUUAAUAAAAGUUUGGAAAGAUUCUGUCGCACAGAAACGGCACACGUAAGAAGAGGUCUUGUUGAACAUUGUUGUUCUUAAGCUGUAGAACAGGGGUCGGCAUUUAUGUUAGAUUUUUUAAAAUAUAUAUUCUGUUUUGGAAGAUGAAGUGUAAUGGGAUGGAUUGCUACAGACUAGUAGCUCUCCAGCCCAGAGGGCUGUUGAACUUAAUUGCAGAACAGUUGAUCUAAAAGCAGAUAAACCCAAGAAAAAAGGAAAAUCCAAUACUCUGUCACUGCCUCGGCUAGUGAAUUGGGACACGGCCCUUAUAAGGAGAUAGGGAGCCCAAGAACGAGCGAAAAACAAGAAUAGGCGCAAACUAAAGUCACGCUGAGUGCGACAGAGAGAGAGACAGACAGGGGAGGAAUAUAAAUAAAAGCUCACCAGAGAAGCAUUUUAUUAAUUGUUUUUUCCAUUAUCGUUCAUUAUAAUUAAAACAACCUCACAGGCCAGAUGUUUCACGCUUGAGGGCCACAUCUGGCUCACGGGCCGCCUAUUGCCGACCCCUGCUGUAGAAUACCGUAACUCAUACUCAGAACGUUAAGGAAAUUCACUGGACGCACUCUGUUCACGUUUUAUUUAUUAAUUUUGUACGUUGGUUUGUUUUUAAUGUACUUGAUCUUGACUCCCGUUGAUCCGAUUCUGAUAUGUGACUCUAGCUUUUCGUGGUACGUCUCUGAAGCCCUGGCUGCGCUCCGGCGGGGGCUGAAACCUCUUGGUGAAAUGGUGAACAGUGCGAGACCUCUCCCCUCUUUUCACGACGGCGAUCCGAGCAGCAUGUCAGCGUACUCUCUACUCUAGUGUUGUUCUUACUUUCCUCUGUGUGUUUAGUAUUGCAAGGAAUCAUUGAAAACUAUGGCAGAUUUAAAACUUUAAUGAAAAUAGGUAUCUUGUUAAACCGCUGCGUAGUGCUAACAUGCUAACAUGCUAUAGGUGGCAAAUACUUGCAUGAACUUCAGGCCUAAAUUUUUGGUGAUUUGCGUUUUUAUUCUUCGUUUCUUUUUUACUGAAUGCUGGUGACUUCUGCUCCGCUAACGAUUUUCAGAGCUUCGUAAUGCAUAUUACUAUUUUUGUCUCGAGAUGAUUAUGAUGAUGAUGAUGAUGAUGAUGAUGAUGAUGAUGCCGAUUAUGACUAUCAGAGUAUAGUAUAAUAUAAUAUGUAAUGAUGAUGAUUGUAUGGCAUGCUUUUGUACAGGGUUUUGUUGUUGUCUGAGCAGCGCUGGUCGAUCCUAAAUGAAGUUUGCCAUGAGGUCAAUAAAAUAAAACAAAAUUCAGCAACAUAAUUUGGCCUUAAAUUACUAUAAAAAUGAAUUUAAUGCUUUUAUGUAUGAAUUAUACUGUUAGUAUUUAAGUAUAUAUUUUUCAGUGAAAUACAAAUUGUAUUGUAAUAGUACUACAGUAAUAUAUUGUCCAAAACAUUGGUUAUUGUGACAGGCCUAGGAUUAUAUUAUUUGCUUUACUACAGUCCUCUAGCAGAUUAAAAUCAGUUAUUUUUGUGAUGCUGGAGUGCCUACAUUUUACAGAAAAACUUUUUUAAGAAAAACUAAGUUUUAAAAUAAAAUUAGUUUUAAAUUAAAUUUUAAAACCUGCUGUUUGCUGAUUUCCAAUUAAAAUCCCGAUUUCAGGAACUGGAAAUGUUAUCUUAUAACCUCAUGGCCAGUAAUGUGUGUGUGUUUGUGUGUGUGUGUGUGUGUGUGUGUGUGUGUGUGUGUGUGUGUGUGUGUGUGUGCGUGUACCACUUCUAGUGACACCUUGCUGCUCUUACAACAUCAAGCCAAUAGCUAUUUGCUAUUUGUAGUGUUUUUUCUCCUCAGCUCCUCAUUAACCUCUUUUGGUUAUUAUUAUUAAUAUUAUUAAUAAUAUUUUUUUUAUUUCUAUGAUGCUGAGCCUUCUCGAUCUCUCGUUUCAGGUCUCAUUUUUUUGGAAGGAUAUUUGUAUAUAAUCUCUUUAACGUAAAAACGAGAUUAUGUGAAUCCUAUAUGAUUAUUAUAAAGAUUUUACGAUAGUUUUACGAUGAAUCCCAUGUUUCUCUCAAGUCUUCUUUAUCUGUUCUUCCAAUUUUCCCUGUUUUCUCUCUCUCUAUCUCUCUUUCUUUCCCCUAUAACUUAAGGAAAUGUGUUAAGAUGUUAUACAAAUGUUACCAAUAAAAAGAAUAAUGUCAA